UUAUAUAGCAAAAAAAAUGAACACACUGUGUCUGACCUACAAAAUUGAGUUUGUUGGUGUUUAAUUGUCAAAGACAAUUAAAAUUGUUUUUGGCAUGGUUUGACAAAAUCUGCAGCAUGGCUUCUAGAGCUCAGGUGCUGACUAAGGAGAAUGCAGAGUGAGAGCCCUGGUGUCCAGCUCAGAGCUCCAGCUUGAAAGGAGGAUUCGCUCAGGUUCCUUGACCGAAGACGUCGAGUUGCGUGAUGAUGCAGCGCAUUGCCGGGGUCCUGGACGAGUGCAUCCAAAAGGUCGAGAGGGUCUGUCUACUCCCUGCCCUGCUGGCCGACCUGGAGAGCAGGUCAGCAGCGCUGGGGGAUGAGCUGGCGGUGGCUCUGCAGGAGCACCGACGGCUCAGCGAGAGGAUGGCCGUUCGGAGCCCGAACCAGCCCAAGACGGAGAGCGAGGAGAGGAAAGCCCUGGAGCAGGAGUUCCAAAGCUCCUUGAGAGACGUACUCCAGCAGCUCCAAAGCAGCCCAGCAGCCGGACAGGCUCUGCAAAGCUGGCGUCUGUGUGAAAGCUCUCAGCAGCUGGUGCAAGGGCUCAAGGAGCUGCAGGGGGUUCUCCUGGCGAAGCUGCUCACGAACCCAGCGGAGGAACGAGACAGGAGCCGCUACACGCAGGAGGUCACCUUGCGGCACAGAGACAACGCAGAACUUGUCUCCGCUUUGGAGGCAGAGGUGGCAGCAGCAGUCAGAGACCGGGACACUGAGAUCUCUAAGAAGAACGACAUAAUCCGCAAUCUGAAGAGCUCCCUGUACCACAUGGAGAAAGGCUGCGAGGACUUUGUGCUUCGCACGCAGUCUGAAGCGGAGAGGCAGGGGCAGUCGGACAGGAAGUCCUCGGAGGGCCGCCAGAUGCGCCUGCGGGAGGAGCUCGCGGGGCUGCGUACGCAGCUCAACAGCCUCGUGGCAGCGAACCGUGAUGUGGAGAUGGGCUUCAGGAAGAGGAAGUACAAGGUCGAAACUGAAAUUGACAACUGGAUCCAGAAGUAUGAUGCAGACAUGAGCGAAAAACAGAGCGAGCUGGAAGAGCUCUCUGCCUCCUACGCCAAGGAGAAGGAGGAGCUGCGGGACCUUGAGGAACGCUACACCAUUCUGGAGGUGGAGUUCCGCCAGAUCGUGGAGGAGAAGAGGCUGGCCAAGGAACGGAAGGAGCAGGAAGAGCGAGAACUGGCUAUCAAGGGCUCCGCGGCUUUGGUCAUACAGGCCUACUGGAGGGGCCACAACGUUCGGAAAGCAGUGAGGACCAAAAGCAAAGGGAAAAAAGGAAAGAAGGUCAAAGAUCAGAACAGCAAAUGACACAACAGUCCUUUUCAUCAAAAUACACUUCAUAAUGAGCCAUGAUCUUUCCAUCUCUGGUUGUUUGCUCUCCCUUUUCGGCGAUUAUUUACAUCACAUUUGCUUAGUGAUCUAACAAGACAAAAACAGAUGUGAAAAACCUAGUAAGUUAGCCUUCAUGUAGCUAGACAUUGAUAAAAAAAGAUGAUUAAGUUUAGUUAAAAUAUGAUUGAGAAAUAAGUGUUGAGGAGUGCAGCAGAACACAGUACUCAAGUAAAAGCACUAUUACUUAAAAAAAUCAAGUAAAAACACUUGUACAGAAAUACUAUAGAAAUUCACCUCUAUAAAAGUAAAAAAG